UUUGGAAAUAUUUUGGAGUGUUGAGAAAAUUCAACCUUUUAUUUACAAAAUAUAACAAGAUUCCGAAUUAAAAUGCCUGCAAUAACGGAGCAAAAUGCAGAAGAAAAGCUKGAGGAUAGUUAUCCAAGAAUGACUAAGGAAAGUUUGAGGAAAAUUUGUAAAGAAAAGAAGCUCUACUUGACGCCUCAUCUCAACGAUGUGCUGUAUUUGCAUUUCAGAGGAUUUGCGAAAAUUGAGAAUCUAGAUGACUACACAGGUCUCAAGUGUCUUUGGCUAGAAAGCAAUGGRAUAGACACUAUUGAAAAUUUGGAGAAUCAAACGGAACUACGUUGUCUGUACCUUCAGCAGAAUCUACUUAAAAAGAUUGAAAAUCUUGAGAAAUUACAGCUGUUGGAUACUUUAAAUGUCAGCAAUAAUCUWAUUCAAAAGAUCGAAAACAUUGGUGUUUUACCAAAGCUCAACACACUUCAAAUGGCUCACAACAAGCUAAAAACCUCAGAAGACSUAAGGGAACUUGUUCAUUGUCAGCAUUUAAGUGUAUUGGAUUUAUCUGAAAAUAAGAUAGAUGACCCUGAUAUAAUAGAUGUUCUAGCUGAAAUGCCAAAUCUUCAUGUUCUAAACUUAAUGGGCAAUCCAGUCAUCAAGAAGAUAAAGAAUUACCGCAAGAAUAUGAUCAUCAAAAUUAAAAAUCUCAGAUAUCUAGACGAUAGACCUGUAUUUCCAAGAGAAAGAGCUUGUGCRGAGGCAUGGGUUGUAGGUGGAGUUGAGGCUGAACGUGCCGAAAGAGAAAGAUGGCUCAACAGAGAGCAUCAGAGAAUAAUGGAUAGUAUUGACUACCUUGGCAAGAUACGAGAUGAAGCUGAGAAACGCAAAAAAGAGAAACAGGAAACAAAUGAAAACCAACAAGUCAGCGAGGAUGCUUUAAGUGACAACUCAGAGGAAGAGAUAGAAGAACAAGAGGUAAACGAUGAGUUUAGUCACCAGUCUGUCGAUAAACUUGCCCAACAAGACACAGGGAGCCUGGAUCAACCAGUAGAAGAACUAGAAACCAUAACUGUACGUCCCAGAGAUACUAGUUCAAGUAUUUUUGGUAGUCAAUCAAAAAGACAAAUACAAUCGCAUGGAUCGCUGCUCACAGAUAUGCUAACAGAACAGCCAAGAGAAACUUCAUCGGAUAGAGUUCUAAUUACAGAAAUAAAUGAUGACGAAAUCGAGACAAUAAAAUUAAGUACAGAUGAAAAAUCAUCCAAAGUUGAUGACGAUGAUGAUGAGAGCCUUCCCAAUCUAGAGGAAGUAGACAUAACUGACCCAUUGUUCGUACAUAACUUCAAAACCAACGUUUCUCAAAAUAAGCCUCUUAUCCAAGAAAUCAGCAAACUCCACGAAGUCAAAACCACAAGCAAACCCAUGAUUGAGGUGUUAGAUUCAACGARCGAUACCYUCACARACGAGAAAGAAGCAAAAKCGCAUGGAUUUACUAGGGACGAACUGUCCAAGCUGGCAGAGACUGUGGGCUCAACAAUUGAUCGCGAACCAAUCAACAUUGAGAAAGAAAAAAGAGCAUUUCAAAGAAAAAUGGAUGCUUUGGACUAGCAGCGUGUGGACCCUUAGUCUAACGGGCGGUCGACUUAUUACGGUAGAUUCUAGUAUAAUAGCGUCACCUCGUAAAGUCGAUCGAUCGCAAUGUCAACCAACGUGCUUUUCAAAAAAUUCAUUCRAACUGUCAUUUCUUAAAAAGCGGGCACAUUACAUGUAAUAUAAUCUACAUGUUACAUAAUCCCAAAUACCUCGUACAAUGUAAAUUAAAAUAUUUUAGUCGUUUUCUCGAACAUUUUGCCGGGCCGAUAAGAUAUAUUCAUAAACAUUAAAAAAA